AAUGUAUAAUACUGAGUUUUGGGUAAAAUAUGUAUUUAGAGUGCUUCACAUAGGAAGUGUUACAGCUUUAGGAGGCCGUAUAAUAUAUGAUUACUUAUGGCCAGAUCAAGUAGAGAUUACCAAAGGCUAGGCCUUAUUUGCAGGAAUUUCAGGAUUCUUUAUGAUUUUAGCAGGGAUUGUUAACAUAUUUUUAUUGAAAGGAAAAGAAAAAUUAAAAUCUAAAAAUAAAUUUUGGGCUGGUACCUUACAUCUGAAAGCAAUCACAAGUAAGUUUAAUUGUAAUAUUGAAAGCGAUUAUAAUUCUUACACCUCUAGCUAAUUAUCUAUCAAAUGAUCCCUAAACUGUGAAAGGGAUAUAAUUUUAUUAUGUAGUGGCAAUGUUGCUGCUGAGUCCUUUUUUAAGAUUCUAUCGUGAAUGGUGGACAGAGUUAAAUAGAUAAAAUAAAUUUAGUUGA